AUGAGAAGCGUGAAGUUCAGGCCAACAGGACCUGUUCCAUCGUUAGCAAUAGGCUCUUUUGACUCGACGAUCUCGAUCUGGAGCAAGGAGGAGGAGGACUGGGUUCUGAUGGCAAUAAUUGAAGGUCAUGAGAACGAGGUCAAGAGCGUCGACUGGUCGCACGAUGGAGUCUACUUGGCCUCUUGUUCCAGAGAUAAAUCGAUUUGGAUUUGGGAAGCAGACGAUAGUAACGAGGAGUUUGAGUGUAUCAGCGUCAUCCAAGAGCAUGAACAGGACGUCAAGAACGUCUCGUGGCAUCCGACCAAAAAUAUUUUGUGCUCCAGCUCGUAUGACGAUACUUGUCGAGUUUUCAGGCAAGACGACUACGAUGAGGAUGAAUGGGUGUGCGUGGCUAAUUGCCAAGGCGCCAAUGGAACAGUGUGGUGUUCCGACUGGGAGAAAAAAGAUACGUUUAGAUUUGCCAACUGCAGCGACGAUUUACUAGUGAGAAUAUGGAAGAAGACUAGUUCGGACCAGGAGGCAACCCCCAACGGCAAACUACCUUCCACUUUGAAGUCAGAGGAGGAGUGGGUUUUAGAGGCCACUUUGCCAAAAGUUCACACGAUGCCUGUGUACGGGAUUGCAUGGAAUACGAAUGGGUUGCUCGCUAGUUGUGGAUCGGACGGCCGAAUAGUCGUAUAUUCGGAAUCGGAAGGCGAAUGGAAGGUCCGUGCUGUACAGGAGCUGGGACAUGGCGUGUUUGAAGUCAAUUGUAUAAAGUGGUGGAACGAAAACACGCUCCUGACCGCGGGCGACGAUGGAGCAGUCAACAUGUGGACAUUCAACGUAUAA